GAGGACAUCGAGUUGAGGUUAAUAGUGAGGCUGGCUCCUUAUCUCUGAGGCUGUGACUUCACACCAGCUGCUACUAGCAUAACACACAUGAAUGUCUGAACCAUAGACCGCACAUAAAGAUGGACGACGUGUCUCCACUUCCUCUCACUGUUUGGAAUUGAAUACAAAAAGAUCUCGGAUACGAUAAGAGGCAGGGUUUAUGACCUAUUCUGCGGCCAACCACCAGGUGGCAAUCAAGAUGCUUUGGCUUCACUUUGGGGAAUCUUUUUACGUACAGUCGAUGAUUUGAACAAAUUGGUGUGGGAUAAGGGUGAAGGUGGUGUUCAAAUUGCAUAAUGGUUAAUGUAGGCACCAGUUUUUCACACUGUGGAAGAAAGUGUAAAUGAAAAAGAUUUUCUGCUGCCUCAAUUUUCAUCAACUAACUGACACCAGUGGCACCAGUUAUGGGAGCCCGACGGGCUUGGUUCCCAUGGGUUCACUGCCAGGGCGGUGAAUCCCCUGGUCCAGACCAUGACAGGGAGAAGAGCUAUGCUGAGCUGUUUGAUCAGCUGGACCUCAACAAAGAUGGACGCAUCGACAUCGUUGAACUGCGGACAGGACUGGCAGGCCGAGGGCUUUCCAGAGGCUCCUUUGAUAGGAUUGUCCAGACUGGGGACACUAACCAUGACGGAGUACUGGACUUUGAGGAGUUCACACAGUAUCUCCGCACCCAUGAAAAACAGCUCAAACUCAUGUUUAGCAGACUGGACAGGAAUAAUGAUGGUCAGGUUGAUGCAGCGGAGAUCCAGCACUGUCUACGCACCAUUGGUGUGGACAUCAGUCACGAGGAAGCCACCAGGAUUCUACUACGUAUUGACAAGGAUGGUACCAUGACAAUUGACUGGAAUGAGUGGCGUGACUACUUCCUGUUUAAGCCCAUCACUAAUAUGGAGGACGUGGCACGCUACUGGAAACGCUCGAUGAUGUUGGAUAUAGGUGAGCAGCUCACAGUCCCAGAUGAAUUUUCAGAAGAGGAGAAGAAGUCGGGGUAUGUGUGGCGGCAGCUGAUGGCCGGAGCCAUGGCUGGAUCUGUAUCACGAACUGGAACCGCCCCCUUGGACCGUCUCAAAGUCUUUCGACAGGUUCAUGGUUCCUUCAUGUUCAGCGGCAACGUGCUGAACAGUUUUCAGUUCAUGGUGAAAGAAGGAGGACUGCGGUCGUUGUGGAGAGGCAACGGAAUCAAUGUUCUUAAAAUUGCCCCAGAGACUGCAAUCAAGUUCACAGCCUAUGAGCAGAUCAAGAAUGUGAUGCGUGGCAGCAAUGAAACAAGAACUCUGAGGGUUCAUGAGAGGUUUGUUGCUGGCUCUCUUGCAGGAGCUACAGCACAGACGGCCAUCUAUCCAAUGGAGGUGCUGAAAACUCGGCUCACACUGAGAAACACAGGCCAGUUCUCAGGAAUCGCAGACUGUGCCAAACACAUCUUACAGAAGGAAGGUGUCACGGCCUUCUACAAGGGUUACAUACCCAACCUGCUGAGUAUUGUUCCCUACGCUGGUAUUGACCUGGCUGUCUAUGAGACUCUGAAGUUUGCCUGGCUGAACAGGAACAGAGGUCUGGCCGACCCAGGGGUCAUGGUGCUGGUCGGCUGCGGUGCUGUCUCCAGCACCUGUGGACAGCUAGCAAGUUACCCACUGGUACUGAUCCGCACCCGAAUGCAGGCACAGGCUUUAGAGAAGGGAACCCCGAAACCCUCCAUGUUGGCCUUGCUUCACAACAUUGUUACUCAGGAGGGCUUCGUCGGACUUUAUAGAGGAAUUUCCCCCAACCUGCUGAAGGUCGUUCCUGCUGUCAGUGUGUCCUACGUUGUCUACGAAUACACGAGGAUCAUCCUGGGAGUGGACAUCGAGGGUAGGAGGGCAGGGAAGGGGAAAGGGUAGAAAAGGAUGGAUGACUUGUGCUUGGGUUUUAUCGAUGUGCACGUACAGACGUGUUGGCAGUGCAUGAGGAAAUGGGCCUCGACGGGGAUGAAAGUUUUGACUUUUCAGGUUGAAAAUCACAGGAGGGAAAACAAACCAUGGAACGGAUGGACCACAUCACACCUGAAGUGGCAGCUGCUGUGAAGAAGUGUGAUUUACGGCAUUACAGUGCAUGUCAGCAGUUGAGUGAAAGCUAACCUACUAGCCUCCUGCUACUGCAUUAACUUGGACAGAUGGAAACUUGCAUGAACCUGCUUGAGAACAAACAGGAGCCAUGCCAGAAGCCAUGUUACAAUCCUGCGGCAUUAUUUUCUCUCCUAGGUGAUAUGUAGAGACGCUAAAGGACUGGUGGGAGGAUUGAUCCAAUUUCCUGUUCUGCAAGUGGAAGUCUCUGAAGUCUGGUGAAGUUUGAGCCAGCACUUUGAUUGGCAUGUCUUAAACAAAUGUUACAAAUACUAAAGUACAACACAACAGGGCUUAAUGUAAAAUGUUAUAUGAUUGAUCCCUUUGCAAAAUGGUGUGUUUGUUUUGUUAUGUUUGAAAAACAAAUUAAGGUCCAGUGCCAUAUAGUAUUUUUAUAAACUGUAUGUUCACAUAGUGCAGUUUUAACAUUAUAAUGGAGAGAACAACCUGUAUAAUAGAAUAACAAGAAAUUACUUUUAAUGACAAAGAACGGUUUGGAACUGUCAGUAUUUAUUAUGGAAGGUGCAAAUAAAUGCAUGCAUGGUGCUCCUUUUUUUUUUAAUGCAA